AACACCCAACAUGCAGAUAUUUGUUCAUCUUGCAAAUUCACUUCCAAGGUUGUCAAUCAUCAAUUUGACAGCUUCAUGUAGCGCAGACGACGGACGCCGGUAGUCAGUCCUCGGCCUCAUUCGCUUCAUUAGCACCUAGAUGGUGUUCCUUCUUCCGCAUUGAGAACAUCAAUCUUUGCCAAUGGCGUCGAACGGAAUAAGUACAAAGCAACGUGCUGGACUUGGCGACCGGCUUUCCGAUCUCACGACUGUCUUCGUACCGCCCUGCCCGACUACCUGGCUGCUAACUACCACCAAAGUGCCAUCACAGUUCCCAGCAUUUCCUACUGCGGGACCUGUCUCGUGUGAUCCUCCCUCGUGGGCGGAUAAUAUUUCGCAAAAAGGCUUUGCCUAUUAUUCCCCGGCUAUCUGCCCCGAGAACUUCUCUCCGGCCUGCACCGUGAACGACGAGAGGACUAGCGAAGGGUUUCCUACCAUAGCGGCUGGAGAGACGGCGGCAUACUGUGUCCCAAGUGGCUUUACUUGUACAUCAGACACUACCGAUUUUCGCGGUGGUGUUUGGGGGUUCACUCGCACGGCGACAACUCCUGGGGCAUCUGUUACGGUUGGGCCAGCGAUACAAAUUCGUUGGAAGCAAGAGGAUCUCGCCCUUCUUGCUACGGAUCCCCUAACUGGUGCAAAAGUGCCCAAUGGAGGUCUAACUCAGGCCCAGUCCGUAGUUAGCAACGCGUUAGGUUCUUCAAGCACUUUAAGCACCUUAAGCACUGCAAGCGUGACUAGCACAGCCAAUACUGAUACUCUCGGCAUUGAUCCGUUUAUACCUAUCUUUCCAUCGCCUUCAAUCAGCUCUUCGGUCUCGACUACUUCAACUCUAGUUCAGACACGCAAACCAUUUACGGACGUUACGAGGUUAUCAACAAGCCCACAGACAUCGUCAUCGUCUAACCCACUGGAAUCACCAACUUCAAUUAGGCCCGAGGAGACGUCGGGUGCCAAUGACACCAAUGCUACGAAUGUCGGUGAAUCCAAAGCUGUUUCAAGCACUACCACGGCGGCUAUGGCGUUAUCUGGGAUUCUGAUACUGCUGAUACUCGGGUCAUUUGUUAUCGCAUCCAUACGUCGAUAUCGCCGGUACCGCGCCGGAGAAGUCAGCACCUUUUUCCCUCUCCGCGUUACUGCUUGGGGCCGUAAAAUGUUGGAUAAGUGGAGCAACUCGAUAUCUUCACAUCGCCCUACACUACAUAGACCACGCAAAUAUGCAGAUGCCGAGCUAGGCACCGACGGUCCCAUUCCAGAACUAGGUCCGGCUGGCCCGUUAGGUACAAAGGAGAACCCGGCGGAACUGGAAGAGUAUAGCUCAAGUGCGAGGGAUAGCUGGAGAUCGCGAGUGUCCCGGAUAUUCCCUGCAAAGUUGAGGAAAGAGGUGUGGUCUACGUGAUGGGUAUCUACCUGCGUACCUAGCCACCAACUUCUUAUCUGUAAAUAAUGAUUUUUCUUCUUCGUCAGGUACCUGGUGAUAUGCG